UAAAGGUUGUGGGAGUUUGAGGAAGUGAUCUCUGCUCAGUGCUUGUCACAGACUGCUUCCCUUCACUAAACAUUUGAUCUUGUGCUGUAGAGUCUGCUGGUCAUGGCAGGGUGCUGAGAAACAUUUGGACUGUCACUCUCAACAAAAUAAGAACUACAAAAGAGGAGAAACCAACAGCACCGGCAUAAUGGGCAGUAAGUAUCACUGGCAGAGCCAGAAUGUCAAGCAGAGUGGGGUUGAUGACAUGGUGCUUCUCUCCAAGAUCACUGAAGAUGCCAUCGUGGAAAAUCUCAAAAAGAGAUUUAUGGACGACUACAUCUUUACCUAUAUAGGGCCUGUAUUGAUAUCGGUGAAUCCCUUCAAACAGAUGCCAUACUUCACUGACCGUGAGAUUGAGCUCUACCAGGGAGCUGCCCAAUAUGAGAACCCACCACACAUUUACGCCCUGACAGACAACAUGUACAGGAACAUGAUGAUUGACAGCGAAAAUCAAUGUGUCAUUAUAAGUGGAGAAAGUGGAGCAGGAAAAACAGUUGCUGCUAAAUACAUUAUGGGCUACAUCUCUAAAGUAUCAGGGGGAGGAGCUAAAGUACAGCAUGUGAAGGAAAUUAUCCUGCAGUCAAACCCUCUGCUGGAAGCCUUUGGCAAUGCGAAGACAGUCCGAAACAACAAUUCAAGUCGCUUUGGCAAAUACUUUGAGAUCCAGUUUAGUCGAGGAGGAGAGCCAGACGGAGGGAAGAUCUCCAACUUCCUGCUGGAAAAAUCAAGAGUCGUGAGCCAGAAUGAAAGUGAAAGGAACUUUCACAUCUUCUACCAGCUAAUAGAUGGUUGCACGCCUCAGCAGAGGGAAGAUUUAGGAAUUAUGACCCCAGAUUACUACUACUACCUGAACCAGUCUGGAACAUACAAAGUGGAUGGAACUAAUGACAGCAAGGACUUCCAAGAAACCAUGGAAGCCAUGCAGGUGAUCGGCAUACCGGAGAUGUUUCAGAGGCAGGCGCUGCAGAUUGUAGCUGGCAUCUUACAUCUGGGCGCCAUCAACUUUAUUGAGGCGGGAAACUAUGCGCAGGUGGAGAGCACGGACUUGUUGGCGUUCCCUGCAUACUUGCUGGGCAUCGACCAAAACCGUCUACAGGAGAAACUCACCAGCAGGAAAAUGGACUCCAAAUGGGGUGGUAAAUCUGAAUCCAUUGAUGUGACUCUGAACAGAGAACAAGCAUGCUACACCCGUGACGCUCUCUCCAAAGCACUUUACGCCCGUCUGUUUGACUACCUUGUUGAGGCAAUAAAUAAAGCCAUGCAGAAACCCAAUGAGGAGCUCAGUAUUGGUGUUCUGGAUAUUUAUGGAUUUGAAAUUUUCCAGAGGAAUGGUUUUGAGCAGUUCUGUAUCAACUUUGUGAAUGAAAAGCUGCAGCAGAUCUUUAUUGAGCUGACGCUGAAAGCAGAACAGGAAGAGUAUGUACAAGAGGGCAUUAAAUGGACACCCAUAGAAUACUUUAACAACAAAGUUGUGUGUGACUUAAUAGAAAAUAAACUGAAUCCUCCUGGCAUCAUGAGCGUGUUGGAUGAUGUGUGUGCUACCAUGCACGCCAAAGGAGAUGGUGCUGAUAUGACUCUGCUUCAGAAGCUACAGGCUGCGGUGGGGACGCACGAUCACUUCAACAACUGGAACUCUGGUUUUGUUAUUCACCACUACGCUGGCAAGGUGUCGUAUGACAUCAGCGGGUUCUGUGAGCGAAACAGAGAUGUGCUUUUUCCUGAUCUCAUAGAAUUGAUGAACAGCAGCCAAUAUGAUUUCAUCCAGAGCCUCUUCCCAGAAAACCUCAACACGGAUAAGAAAGGUAGACCAACCACCGCUAGCUCGAAGAUCAAAAGACAGGCCAACGAGUUGGUUAGCACACUGAUGAAGUGCACACCGCAUUACAUCCGCUGCAUCAAACCCAAUGAGACCAAGAGGCCCAAAGACUGGGAGGAGAGCAGAGUGAAACAUCAGGUGGAAUAUCUUGGCUUGAGGGAAAAUAUUAGGGUACGACGUGCCGGCUUUGCUUAUCGUAGAAUCUUCCAGAAGUUUUUACAGAGGUAUGCCAUUCUAACAGCCGAGACGUGGCCUUAUUGGCGUGGUGCGGAACAGCAGGGCGUUUUGCACCUCUUGCGUUCUGUAAACAUGGACACAGAUCAGUACCAAAUGGGACGCACCAAAGUCUUCGUCAAGAAUCCAGAGUCGCUAUUUUUGCUGGAGGAGAUGCGAGAGAGGAAGUUUGACACAUUUGCCAGAACCAUCCAGAAGGCAUGGAGGAAAUUCAUCGCAAGGAAGAAAUAUGAACAGAUGCGGGAGGAGGCCUCUGAUAUACUGUAUAACUUUAAAGAACGACGUAAGAAUAGUAUAAACAGGAACUUUGUUGGCGAUUACCUGGGAAUGGAAGAGAGGCCUGAACUCCGGCAGUUCAUGGUCAAGAGAGAGCGAGUUGACUUUGCAGACUCAGUCAACAAGUUUGACCGUAGGUUUAAGUCUAUAAAGAGGGAUCUGAUACUGACACCGAAAUCCAUCUACCUAAUCGGUCGGGAAAAGAUAAAGAAAGGACCAGAGAAAGGCCUGAUAAAGGAAGUUCUGAAAAGAAAGCUUGACAUUGGAAGUGUCCAUUCGAUCUCUUUGAGCACAAGGCAAGAUGACUUCUUCAUCCUUCACGAGAAUGAGUAUGACAGUCUGCUGGAGUCCACAUUUAAGACCGAGUUCCUCAGUCUGCUUUGCAAACGUUAUGAGGAGCAGACCCGAAGCAAACUCUCACUGUCCUUCAGCGACAGGCUGGAGUUCCGUGUGAAGAAGGAAGGCUGGGGAGGAGGCGGCACACGUGUGGUGGUUUUCCAGAGGGGACAGACUGAUGUAGCCGUCAUCAAACCUGGAGGAAAGACCCUUACUAUCUCUAUAGGAGAUGGACUACCAAAGACAUCCAAGCCAACAAGGAAAGGCAUGCCACAGAGUCAUGGAGGAAGAAACCAGCCACGGCAAAGAGGGGGCCAUCAGAACGGGGCUGCACAGUUUGCCCGGGGUGGUGCUCAACAGCAGAAUUACUCGCAGAAGGAAGCGACGUAUUCCAUGCCAGUGAGGAACCCUCCACCUAGUAACGCUCUUCCUAAACUGGGAUCACAGAAGAAUCAAAGAGGCUCCAGGCCAGCCCAGAAUCAGCCCACAAACCUUGACUUCCUCAAUGUACCUGAUCAGGGCAUGUCAGGAAUGCAGCGGAAAAGGAGCAUCAGUCAACGGCCUCCACCGGCCCCCUCUAGCCGUCCCAAACCUCAGCCCCGACCACAGGGCCCUCGUUGCAGAGCGCUUUACCAGUAUUUUGGCCAAGAUGUGGAUGAAAUUAGUUUUGAUGUCAAUGACGUCAUUGAACUUAUCCGUGAAGAUCCAUCCGGGUGGUGGCGAGGGCGGAUUCAUGGGAAGGAGGGUCUCUUUCCUGGAAACUAUGUGGAGAAGAUCUGACCUCUGCAUGUUAGCGAGGUCACACUGAUUACCCUGCACCAUGACUUUUGACUUCUAACCUCUACUAGAUCCUGGAGUUUCUUAGGCUCUGGGAAUUUGGACUCAAGCCAGUAACAAGAACAGUAGGAUUUUUUGCAGAAUUUUAUUACAUUAUUUUUGGUAAGGAUUUUUUUUAAAGAGACAAAUUUGUUGGUACAAUUUUCAGGCUAAGAGAGAGCAUACACUGUUUACAGAGACUCUGCACUGCCCACAAAUGACCACUUGACUGUGCUGUUGUGCAGUUUGAAAGAUUUGAGAGAAAUGGUUUCUUUUUUUCAAAGGGAAGAACAACAAUCGAAGCCUUUUCCUUAAUUUUUAUGUCUAAUUUCCUUCAAUUUCCUGUUAUAUGUAAAAAUAUUUUCUAUGGAUCAUUUUUUUUUUUUUUACCAUUUUUCUCUUCUUAUCUGUGUAAAAUCUUCAUUCAAAUCUUCAUAAAGAGUAUUAAUUGAUGUCUGAUAUUAACAGUAUUAAAGAGAGCUUUGUUUAAAAGA